UUGGCAAUAGAUAAAAGAUAAACUCAUAGAUAAAAUUCAACUUAAGUGUGACACCAUCAUAAACAUUUGGUUCGAAAACACUUGAGUUAAAAUAAAUCAUUCAUUAUAAUAUUAGGUCAGGGUAUAAAAACUUUUUGGAUGAGAUUCCUAACAUCAGUUCAGUUAUAAACAUCAUUACCACAAUAACAUUGAAGAAAAUGUUGUUUUAUAUCGUUUUGAUUUCGUGCGUUUUCGCCACAAUUUCUGCCGACGAAAAAUGUACUGCCCCAAAUACACAAUUUAAUUAUUGUGGAUCUCCUUGUGACGAAACUUGCGAUGGUAAACCAGAGUAUUGUGCAGAAGUUUGCGUACAAAGAUGUGAAUGUGUACCUGGUUACGUAGUACAUAAAUCUGAAUGUGUUCCAAGAGAAUAUUGUGAACAGCUUAAGUGUAAUGAUCCUAAUAUGGAAUACACUAAAUGCGGAACUUAUUGUCCUAAUACUUGCGAAACUCCAGAGAUUUCAACAUGUAUUGAUAUGUGUUUUGAAGGGUGUCAAUGCAAAGAUGGAUAUGUUCUUCAUGAUUUUAAAUGUAUUAAAUUGGAGGAUUGCCCUACAAAAUAAAUUAAAAAAAGAAAUAAUAAUAAUAAAAUGAGGCACUUACUUGGAUUAAAAUGAUACACAAUACAAAACUAAAAUAAAAUAAAAAAAAGUGGUUAUUUAUUUAUCAUAACAGAAAAAUUGAACGUUUAAACAUUAUAUUCACAUACUAAAUCGUUUUACCUUUCUCUGCGGUGAGCUGUUUUUCGGGUAAUCUAAGCGUAGCUGCUUGCAGGAUAACUGGUUCGCUUCUUCCUUUCGCGUUGUAUGAGAACAGUGCCGCCUGAUAAACUGCUCCUGGACCCAAGCCCGUAACGGAGAAUUUU